CUCUGGAUUAUUUAACCGAUUCGAUACCGCAAGAUUAUCCAUGCACCCAACUCGAUAAUAGACAAUCAAUUCAGCCUAACCAAGUGAUCAUACCAAGAUAAUCAAAAGUAAAACCAGCAUCUUCAAACCAAAAAGUCCGGUGUCUGUUUGAAGCAAAGACAAAGAAAGCCCCGUGGCCGUGGGUAACUUGUUUUAAGUAAUAAUAGCCACUCUGUUUUCAUUUGUUCAGGUCGGCAGCUGCCGCGUCAGCCGGUCGCUGUCCAUUCUCGACCAGCACAAUGCUUUUGCUUGGCAAGUUCCCACAACAAACAAUCAUCUUAAUUUACGAAUCUCUUUCUCCUUAAAUCACAAUCAUCUGAAACAGCAUAUCCAGCUCCAUGGAUUAUGUUGCAAUAACACGACGUGGGAUUGAUAGCUCAGCUGAUUAUAGCUAUAGCGUGUCAUUCUUGUUGUGGCCUACUUGUAUAAAACCCAGUUGCCUUCCCAUCUGGGAGACUCAUCCAUUUCUACUGGGGAAACAACUUCAUAAUCAUUCAGAAAGUAAGAGGGAAAGGGUAAAGAAUUGUCCCAGAUCAAUGGAAGGAGGCAAUGGUCUUGUUCAUACCAACGGGGCAUCCGAAACAGAGGAGGCUUACUACAGAGAGCUUCUGGUUUCUUUGCUGGAAGAGCCGCCGCAAGUUGAUCACCGUUGCCACGGUUACGACAGCCAGAGGCUGCUCUGUUUAAUCCAAUCUCUGGAAGCAGAGAUUAAUUCUGCUCCUGUUCAGUCGCCGAUGGAUUUCGCUACUGGUCAGGAACAGGGUGGUAAUUAUGGGGGAGAAGAGACACAAUUACUCUGCCCACCAGCUGAUUUCUCCAAUUCAAUUUCUUGGAAUGACGAUCUUAUUGGUUUCAGUUCGGGUUCAAUCCUCGGCCUCGGAUAUGAGAUUGAUCAUCGUGAGUGGAAUACUUAUACAUUUGAGCCACGGUUCGAAUCCUGGAUUCAACAACUUCCACUCUAAAAUGAAAAUAAGUUUAACGUUUUGAUUCAUUGGUUCACUACUGGGAGUUCACUCGGGAAGUGAUCACAUAUAUAUGAUUACUUUUCAAGGAGAAACUUAUCUUAUUAUUCUCAAACUUGAUGGAAUUUAGGUUGUCAUGAAGCUAUUUAUUUAUUUAUUUAUUUAUUUAUUUAUUGAAAUCGAGUUAAUUAUCUCGAUUCUUUGUUCUCCGGCACUUAUGUUUACAUUCUAUUGAUUGCGAUCAAGCUUUCUUACUGGUAAUGCAACUUAUGAACAUACACUUAAUUAGUAUGCUCUUUAAGAGCUAAUGCUGUCAUUCCACACAAUGACAGUCACUUGAUGGAUGGAGAUGACUGAUGAGUAUUGAGAGAAUGAUAAGACAAAUAUGAUUUGAUGAGUUAUUUAUAUUUACGAGAAAUUUUUUUUAUAUCGUUACAACUAUAAUCAGCAAUAGAAAAAAAGUUAGAAUCAAAUAAUUAUUACUAUGAUAUCUUUUAAUAUUGAAUCGUGGUUCUCCUGAAUUUGGUCAGGACCGAACCGAUGCCCACCCCUAGUCCCGCCUUCUCGUCAGGAUUUUUGAAGAGGCGAACGUAUCUUAUAUGAAAAUUAAAAGUCGUCCCUUCCUUCCAUCUCUCUUAGGGAUGGCAAUCAAACCCAUGGCCACGGGUAUCCGACCGUCCCCGACCCAGUCAACGCGGGGAAUUCCCGCUUUGACUGGGUAUGGGUAAAACCCGCAAAAAGUUUGAUAGGUAUGGGACGGAUAUGAUUUUAGCCUCCCCACCCCAUAUCCAUACACAUACCCAUACCCGUCCCAACAAUUUUUCAAAGAAUAUGAUCCAAAUAAUAACCACUCCCCAACAAUUUUUAGUUGCCCCAAAAGUUGGCUCCAUAUAUUAAUGAAGAUUCCUGCAGCUGCUCUAUGAAUCCAUAACCUCAGACUAGCUAAGCUCGUUUGAGAUGUUCUAGAAGCUAAGUGGGUGCAUGUUAUGCGGUUUUUGUUUAAGAGUAGUCAAUAACACGAGUUGUUAAAAAAGUUUAUUUUAUUUGAUUGUCUUACAAUUCACUAUACUUUUCUGGGGCUACGGUCCUCCUCUGAAUAAUUGAUCUGAAAUCACAUUAUAUGCAUUCCUAUAUUGAGAAACAUUGAAAAGUGGGGCAUCACCCCUCCUCCAUUAUCUAGUUCAUUUCUUGGAAACUAUCGCAAAACCAAAGCUCUCUCUUGAUCUUCAUGGGCUCUAAUAUCAAAUCAAGAACCACUUUAUUGCAAUAAUCUUAGUUGUUGGGAGAAAUUUCGAAAUACAUAUUUUUACACAUUUUUUUUAUGAUCAUCGACUAUAAUACUAUGUUAAAGAACCACUUGAUUACAAUAACUCGAGUUAUUUGGAGAAGUUUCGAAAUAGAUGUUAUAUCAUUUUUAUCAUCGUUUUUAUAAGUUCGACCCAUCGUUUCCAUUUAGUGAGUUAAGUGUUCUCAGGUUAUGCAUUGAUGGGAAAAUGACCAUGUUUUGCUGUGAGUGGCCAUUUAAAUUUGGUACGUAUUUUGUUUGCUUGUGCUGAAGGGGCUCUUUAAUUGGGACCGGUUACUAUAACAACACCCCUUGUGGUUGUUAUUGUAACAACAUUAGUUUCCAACCAAUAGGAAGUUAGGGUUGUGAUGACUUUUUAUUAGAUGAGUUGACCUAGUGUAAAAUCAAAGCAGGGGUAUAAUUGUCAUUAUGAAAAAUAUGUUUAAAUAAUAAUAACAAAUAAAAAAUAACAAAUAAAAAAAAAUUAUUUUC